ACUCUGUAAGGCACGUAAACUAGGGGGUUGAAAGUCUGGGCAGAUUUUAAGCAAGCAAAUCUGAGCCUUGGAAAGGAUUAUUCGCUAGACUUUCUUCAAAGGUUGGAAGGCAAAAGACUGCGUUUGUUAGCACUGCCGGACGCUUAGUUUGGCAAUAUCUCCAGGAAGAACGUGGCCGAAAACAGAAUGGAGGCCAGAGGGGAGCGCUUUCUUAGACAAAGGCAAGUCCUAUUUCUCUUUGUUUUUCUGGGUGGGUCUCUGACUGAGUCUGAGUCAAGACGCUACUCUGUGGUUGAGGAAACAGAGAGGGGCUAUUUAAUAGCCAACCUAGCAAAGGAUUUAGGGCUAGAGGUAGGGGAACUGGCUGUGAGGGGAGCCCAAGUUGUGUCUAAAGGGAACAAACAGCAUUUUCAGCUCAACCAUCAGACCGGCGAUUUGCUCCUGCAUGAGAAAUUGGACCGGGAAGAGCUAUGCGGCCACACGGAGCCAUGUUUACUGCACUUUCAGAUAUUACUGCAAAACCCUUUGCAGUUUAUUACAAAUGAGGUUCAGGUCGUAGAUGUAAACGACCACUCUCCGGUAUUCUUUGAAAAUGAAAUGCAGCUGAAACUCUUAGAAAACAGUCCACCAGGAACCGUAAUUCCUUUGGAAAAUGCUGAGGACUUGGAUGUGGGAAGAAACAGUCUCCAAAACUACACAAUCGCUCCUAAUUCCCAUUUCCAUGUUCUCACACGCAAUCGUAGGGAUGGAAGAAAGUACCCACAACUAGUGCUGGACAAAGCGCUAGACCGUGAGGAGCACCCAGAGCUCGUUUUGACCCUCACCGCGCUAGAUGGGGGCUCUCCACCCCGGUCGGGGAUCGCCCAGAUCCACAUUCUGGUCUUAGACAUAAAUGACAAUGCCCCAGAAUUUACACAGUCACUCUAUGAGGUUCAAAUUCUAGAGAAUAGUCCCAUUAACUCUGUUAUUGUUACUGUCUCAGCUUCUGACUUAGAUACAGGAAAUUUUGGGACAGUAUCAUACGCAUUUUUUCACGCUUCUGAAGAAAUUCGCAAAACUUUUCAGUUAAAUUCAAUUACUGGUGAUAUCCAACUAGUCAAAUAUUUGAAUUAUGAGGUUAUGAAUACUUAUGAAGUGGACAUAGAAGCCAAGGAUGGGGGGGGCCUUUCAGGAAAAACCACAGUGAUAGUUCAGGUGGUUGAUGUGAAUGACAACCCACCAGAACUGACCUUGUCCUCAAUUACCAGCCCUAUCCCUGAGAACUCGCCAGAGACUGUGGUGGCUGUUUUCAGUGUUUCAGAUCCUGACUCUGGAGACAAUGGAAGAAUUAUGUGCUCCAUCGAGAACAAUCUCCCCUUCGUCCUAAAACCAUCAGUAGAGAAUUUUUACACCCUACUGUCAAAAGGAGCACUAGACAGAGAGAGCCAGGCCGAAUACAACAUCACCAUCACCGUCACCGACCUGGGGACCCCCAGGCUGAAAACCCAGCACAACCUCACAGUGACCGUGUCCGACGUCAACGACAACGCCCCGACCUUCAGCCAGACGACCUACACCCUGCGCGUCCGCGAGAACAACAGCCCCGCCCUGCACAUCGGCAGCGUGAGCGCCACCGACAGAGACUCGGGCGCCAACGCCCAGGUCACCUACUCGCUGCUGCCGCCCCACGACCCGCAGCUGCCGCUGGGCUCGCUGGUGUCCAUCAACGCGGACAACGGGCAGCUGUUCGCGCUCAGGUCGCUGGAUUUCGAGGCGCUGCAGGCGUUCGAGUUCCGCGUGGGCGCGGCCGACCGCGGCUCGCCGGCGCUCAGCAGCCAGGCGCUGGUGCGCGUGCUGGUGGCGGACGCCAACGACAACGCGCCGUUCGUGCUGUACCCGCUGCAGAACGGCUCGGCGCCCUGCACCGAGCUGGUGCCGCGGGCGGCCGAGGCGGGCUACCUGGUGGCCAAGGUGGUGGCGGUGGACGGCGACUCGGGCCAGAACGCCUGGCUGUCGUACCAGCUGCUCAAGGCCACGGAGCCCGGGCUGUUCGGCGUGUGGGCGCACAACGGCGAGGUGCGCACGGCGCGGCCGCUGAGCGAGCGCGACGCCGUCAAGCACAGGCUGCUGGUGCUGGUCCGGGACCACGGCGAGCCGCCGCUGUCGGCCAGCGUCACGCUGCACGUGCUGCUGGUGGACGGCUUCUCGCAGCCCUACCUGCCGCUGCCGGACGCGGCGGCGGCCGAGGCCCGCGCCGACCCGCUCACCGUCUACCUGGUGGUGGCCUUGGCGUCCGUGUCGUCGCUCUUCCUGUUCUCGGUGCUGGUGUUCGUGGCGGUGCGGCUGUGCAGGAGGAGGCGGGCGGCGUCGGGGGGCGGCUGCUCGGUGCCCGAGGGUCCGUUUCCGGGCCACCUGGUGGACGUCAGCGGCGCGGGGACCCUGUCCCACAGCUACCAGUAUGAGGUGUGUCUGACGGGAGGAUCAGGGACCAAUGAGUUCAAGUUCCUCAAGCCCAUUUUUCCCAAUGGUCUGGUUCAAGAUACUGAAUGAGACUUCAGCAAAGCUCCAAUUUUAAGAAUAGGGUUCAUUUACAGAAUAGUGAAAAAAAUAUUUGUCUGGCGAUGGUUGUUUUCUUUUGGAAUCAAGAAUCUAGCUGAUAUAACAUUUUGCUUAUAUAUUGAUUUUACUUUGUGUUGUUAAUCCUUGCAUAUUCUUCUUUCAUCUGCUUCCUUUCUUACUAAGGCAGUCUUACUGCCUCCUUUCCUUUUUCUAAUAGGUGAGCAAAAAUACUUUUCAUUUUGGUUUAAUGAAGAUUUCUAACAGGCUUGCUUUAGGGAACUCAUCUCAAAUUCUAUAUCUAGAGCAAUGUAGAUAGAGUUGCACACUAGUAAUCUUAUAAUUUACCCUGUAUAAUACAGUCAGACAUUGUUCUUUACAGCAUACUUAAAGCAGCUUUGUAGUUAAUGAAGUUUGAGGAUUGUUAAAAAUUUAUUUUCCUUAAGAUGUACCUUCUUUAAGGUACAGUAUGCUUUUAAGGACAUAGUAGUCAAGUGAAAGUAAUAUAUUUAGUUCACUGUCUGUUUUGACAUUGUCAAUUAAUAUUUCAAAAUUAUAUGCAUUUACACUGACAAUAAUGCACACAAAAUAUAAGCUAUAAGUCAAAUUAUUCUUGGAAUUGCCUAGAGUAUUUUCAUGAUGACUGACGAAAAAAAAUUGAGUUUAGAGCAUUUUGAACAACAGAUUUGCCUUUCCAUUUUGCAUGAAAACUUUGUUUAGUGAAGCAUCUGAUGUGAUGACAAUUUAGUUUAUAAAUUCUGAGAUAUAAAUGUUAUCAGCCCAAAGGUCAUAUUUUAAAGAUUUUAUUUCUUUAUUUAUUUGAGAGCGAGAGAGUGGGAGAGGGGCAGAAGGAAAGAGAGAGAAAGAGAAUCUCAAGCAAACUCCGGCUUAGCAGGGAGCAGGAAGUGGGGCUCCAUCUCAGGACCCUGAGAUCAUAACUUGAGGGGAAACCUAGUCCUGGGCUCAACAGGUUGAGCCACCGAGGAGUCCCAGCCUAAGCAUCAUUUUUAAAAUUUUUCAGGAAAACACUUUUUUAAAAAAAAGUAGAUUGUGAAUGUCAAUUACUCAAUUACCAGUGGUUAAAACUAGUGAAGUAAGUUAGCAUACCUUUUAUAAAUCUUUCUUAGUCCUUAAAUAUGGCUUUCCUUAUAAAUGAGGACUUUAUUUCUUUUAAGAUUUUAUUUAUUUAUUUGAUAGAGAUCACAGGUAGGCAGAGAGGCAGGCAGAGAGAGAGGAAGGGAGGCAGGCUCCCUGCUGAGCAGAUAGCCCGAUGUGGGUUCGAUCCCAGGAUCCUGGGAUCAUGACCUGAGCCAAAAGCAGAGCCCUUAACCCACUGAGCCACCCAGGUGCCCCUCCUUAUAAAUGAGGACUUUAAAAAUGUCAAAGUUUUUGUAUAUCCCACUAGUUUUAUUAUCUAUUUAUACUUGCUUUUCAGAGUAGUUUCCUAUAUAUUUUAAAGCUAGAGAUCUGUUAGUUGUAAUUCUGAAUUACUUUUAUGUCUAAUGCUGAUAUUCUAAACCAAUAGUUUGGUUGAACAUAGAUUUUUUUUUUUAAAGAUUUUUUAAAAUUUAUUUGACAGAGAGAGAUCACAAGUAGGCAGAGAGGCAGGCAGAGAGAGAGAGAGAGAGAGAGAGGAGGAAGCAGGCUCCCUGCUGAGCAAAGAGCCCAAUGUGGGACUCCAUCCCAGGAUCCUGAGAUCAUGACCUGAGCCUAAGGCAGCGGCUUAACCCACUGAGCCACCCAGGUGCCCCGAACAUAGAUUUUUUUAAUUUAAACUCAUUUUCCUUCUGUUCUUCUAGUAUUCAACACUGUGGAUAAAAAAAAGUAUAAAAUCAGUGUAAUUGUCAUUCUUUUUUUAUCUGUAAACUUCUUUACUCUAUUUUUUAAAAAGUAAUUUCUAUGCCCAGCAUGAGGCUCUAACUCGGGACCCAAGUACCAACUGAGUCAGCCCGAUGACCCUUCUUUACUCUGCUUUAGAUUUUUUUUCUUUAUUCUUGACGUUCUGGUACUUGCUAGGUCCCAACCUGAGAUCUACACAAUAUAUUGAUUUUGUUUGUUUGUUUGUUUCAGUAACUUUAGGUUAUUUUUUUUUUAACUCAUAUUUGGUCAGCUUUCACAACAACUUGUUUUUUUUUUUUAAAUAUUUUAUUUAUUUAUUUGAGAGAGAGGGGGGAGAAGGUCAGAGGGAGAAGCAGACUCCCCAUGGAGCUGGGAGCCCAAUUCAGGACUCAAUACAGGGACUCCUGGAUCAUGACCUGAGCCAAAGGCAGUCGCUGAGCCACCCAGGUGCCCAACAACUUGUUUUUUUAUUCACAAUUGUUAUCUCCUUCUUUUUUGUUUGAGGAAAUUAAAUGUCAUUUACUCAAGUUCUUUCCAUAUUGUUCUGAAUCUCUAUUUCUUAUGUAUACAUUCUUUUAUCUGUUGAGUCCAUUUUUCAUCCUGUUAGUCAUCCUCAUUUGCUUGGUGAUAUUUUAUUGACAACUCAUCCUCUUUGGAGGUUUCCCUCAUACCAGUACUGGUUUUGGUAGUCUUGUGGAAGAGCGGAAGAAGGAAUUUCAGGGUGGGGUUCAGCCCCAGGCUCUACAAGUCUAAGCCUUAAUUAAGCUUAGCUCCGCUCUGUCACACACAAGUAGAAGUUUGAGACCAACACCUAAUGAUGCGUUUGAUCAGUGUCCCAGUCUUCCUCAGAUGGUCCUGCUCUGCAUUUGCUCCAUGAGGCAAAUUCAUAGAGAAGGUCACCCUCUGCCUCUUGUUUGUCCUGUUAAUGGCUGAGGCUAUAGACAGGGGAGCUAAUGGAGACAUUUUUUACUUUCUAAUCUGCAGAGUAAACAAGCUGGUUCUGAGGAAUAUUGAGUUGUAACUGAAGUAAUUGAUACAUGGGGAUUACCUACAGGAAAAAAAGUAAGGUCUUGAUUAAUAGAUAUGACAGUGUUGCACAUGGUAGUACUGGAUGACCAAGAAGAUUUGCUGCAAAGCUAUCUUGUAUUAUGCACUGAGCUGGUGCCACACAGAACAAGGUGGUAACCUGGAUGGCAAUCUGAGUUACAGGACUAUUUUGUCAAUGAUCCAAAGCUUCAUGGUACUUGAUGUUUAGCAUGUGGGCCCACAGCUUUGAAGUAUGGAGCACUGAAACAUAUCUAAGCUUCAAAGUCAUAGGCACAACGAGGCACAAACCAUUGCUGUUAUUAAAGACUAGAUGUCACCUCUGUUUGACAUGGUCUAGGACCUAUCCCAGGUUAACCUGUCAUUCACUGAACCUCCACAGAUGUCUUCUCAGCUGACAGUUUCUCUGUUCUCUUAAUCACUGAGUUGACUCAGCCAUCUUCUUCUUUCAAUGUUCUGCUCUUGCUCAGUGAUAUGGAGGAUGAACAGGAACCCCUCAGUGGACUGCCAUUUUUUUUUAAGCAUUUGGGGGAUAUCAACAUCAUUUGGACUUCAUUACAGAACUAUUAAUGUGAGAGGUUUCUGACUGGAAUGUCAGAGACUAUUGGGUUCAGAUUGCUGAAGUCAGUUAUCUCCAGCUAACAAGGAUUAUCUAUGAGAAAGAGCUUUGAUGAGAAACUCAACUUCUAAAACAAUUGAUGGUUUAUUAUUUAAAAAAAUCAAAAUUGUGUUGUCUAAAUAUUGUUAUUUUAAUUGCCUAAAUUUUUUAAAUCUUUGGGCAAAUGGAUUUUUUCAUGAUAAAUGUCUUAUCUUAUUCAAGAUUUAAUCAGUAAUCAAAAACUUUCCAAGAAAACUUUUUAAAAACUUUUAAAGGCCCAGAACUGGAAUUCUACUGAAGUUUAAGGGGCGCCUGGGUGGCUCAGUGGGUUAAUCCUCUGCCUUCGGCUCAGGUCCUGAUCUCAGGGUCCUGGGAUUGAGCCCUGCUUUGCACUGAGCUCUCUGCUCAGCAGGGAGUCUGCUUCCCCUUUCUCUCUGCCUGCCUCUUUGCUUGCUUGGGAUCUCUCUCUCUCUCUCUAUCUCGCUGUGUCAAAUAAAUAAAAUCUUUUUUUAAAAAAUUAACACCACAGACUCCUGGGUGGCUCAGUCAUUAAGCAUCUGCCUUCAGUUCAAGGCAUGAUCCCAGGGUUCUGAGAUCCAGCCCUGCAUUGGGCUCCAUGCUUGGUGGGAAGCCUGCUUCUCCUUCUCCCACUCGCCCUGCUUGUGUUCCCUCUCUCACUGUGUCUCUCUGUCAAAUGAAUAAAUAAAGUCUUAAAAAAAUUAAUACCAGUCCUUCACAAAUCCAAUUAUAAAAAGAGGAGCAGGGACCAUUUCCCAGUUCAUUCUGUGGGGCCCAUAUUGUCAUGAUGCUAGAACCAGAUAAAGAUAAUAUAAGAAAAGAAAACUAAAUAACAUAUCCCUUAUGAAUACAGAUGCAAAAAUUCUCAACAAAAUAUUAGCAAACUAACUCCAGCAGCAUAUAAAAAGGAUUAUACAGGGACACCUGGGUGACUCAGUUGGUUAAGCAUCUGCCUUUGGCUAAGGUUAUGAUCCCAGGGUCCCUGCUCAGCGGGGUGCCUGCUUCUUUCACUGCCUGCUGUUCCCUCAGCUUGUGCUAUCUCCCUGUAUCUCUCAAUCAAAUAAAUAAAAUUUUUUUAAAAAGAUUAUACCAUGACCAGGUAGAAUUCAUCCCAGAAAUUAAAGGUUGGUUUAGAGCAAUACACCCUAUUACCAUCUCAAUUUCCACAGAAAAAGCACUUUACAAAUCCCAAUACCUUUUCAUGAUAAGAACACUCAAUAAACUAGGAAGAAUAAGGAAUAUCCUCAGCCUGAUAAAGAUAACUAUAAAAACCCACAGCUAACUUCAUAUUGAAUGGUGAAAGACUUUGUCCCUAAGAUGAAAAACAACCAAGGAUGUCUCCUCACUGCUUUAUUUAAUAUUGUACUAAAAAUGUAGCCAGGGCAAUUAGAUGAGAAAAAGAAAAUAAUUCAAAUUGGAAAUGAAGAAGUUAAAGUAUAUUUGUGGAUGACAACAUCUUACAUAAAGAAAAUCCUAAGGAGGGUGCCUGGGUGUCUCAGUUGGUUGACAUCCAACUCUUGAUUUCAGCUCAGGUGGUGAUCUCAGGGUCCUGGGAUACAGCCCACAUAGGGCUCCUGGCUCAGUGGAGACUCUUGCUUCCUCUCUUUCUCUCCCUCCACCCCUCUCCCACCCCUAUCCCUGCUUAUGCACACUCUCUCUAAAUAAAUAAAUAAUCUUCACAAAUCAAUUAUAUUUCUAUACAUUAGCAUUGGCAAAUGCAAAAUUGAAAUGAAAACAAUUCCAUUUAUUAUAGCAUCAAAAAUAAUAAAAUGCUUAGGAAAACAAUUAACAAAAUAAGUGCAAGACUUUACACUUAGCACAACAAAACAGCACUGAAAAAAAAUAAAGAAGACCUAAGUAAAUGGGAAGUGUUCAUGGAUUGGAAGACUCACUAUUGCUAAGAUGGUGAUGCCUCCCAAAUUGGUCUACUGGUUCAAUGCAAUCCUUAUCAGAAUCCCAGCAGGCUUUUUGCGUUGUUGUUGUUGUUGUUGUUGUUUUACAGAAAUUGGUAAAUUGACCUUAAAAUUCAUAUGGAAAUGCAAGGGACUCUGAAGAGCAAAAACAAUCUUGAAAAAGGACUAUAGAGUUAGAAGACUCAUACUUCCUGAGUUGAAAGAUGUAUUAUAAGUUAGACAUUAAAUUUUGAACAAUUUGAUACAUUAAACAUACAAAUACUAUCUUUUUAUUUAGUACACACUAAAAGGAAUUAACAGAAAUUAUCUUAGAUUCCAUCAUAAAUUUCUCAAGCCAAAUUCUCAUUAUUCAGAUUAUCUCCUUUCAAAAAUUACAUUUCAAUAAAUGUGAUUUUAGGGACGCCUGGGUGGCUCAGUUGGUUGAGCGGCUGCCUUUGGCUCAGGUCAUGAUCCCAGCGUCCUGGGAUCGAUUCCCGCAUAGGGCUCCUUGCUUGGCAGGGAGCCUGCUUCUCCCUCUGCCUCUGCCUGCCACUCUGUCUGCCUGUGCUUGCUCUCGCUUCUCUCUCUAUGACAAAUAAAUAAAUAAAAUCUUUAAAAAAAAUAAAAAUAAAUGUGAUUUUA